GUAUACACAAUUUUUGACACAUAAUCGGUAUAGUAGCUAAGUAGGUACUUACCUAACUGCAAUGUUUGUUUGCGCUCGGGAAUUAUUGUUUGACAUGUGGUGUACAUGUGCGUGCGACCAGAGGUUAUUGUUCUGUAUUCAGUCUGAAAUGCACAUAAUUGUUAUUAAACGGAAAUAUGUUCAAGAUUGAAUUCUAAAUCGAAAUAUUCUCGCCCGAUGUUGACAGCAGCAGGAGUUUUCACUAUCAUUAUAAUGAUAAUUGGUGUUCUAGGCAACUCUCUAACAAUUGGUGCAUUGUUGCGACAUUCUAAACUUCGCACUGUAGCCGCAGCAUUCAUUGCUAGCCUCUGCAUCUCGGAUCUGAUGUUCUGCUUCCUUGUUCUUCCAUUCUCAGCCAGCCAGUUCUUCCAUGGUACUUGGAUACAUGGAGAAAUGCUAUGCAAAAUGGUUCCAACUCUAAGAUAUGCGUCCGUCGGAGUUUCACUAUUAAGUAUUGGAUCUAUAUCCAUAAACCGUUACAUUCUCAUAGCUUGGCCGCAUUUAUAUCAAACGAUAUACACAAAAACGAAAGUUUGCAUCUAUAUAGGAUUCAUAUGGGCUUUCAGUUAUGGACUGCAGAUCCCUACCCUCUUAGGAAAGUGGGGUGUAUUUGGUAUGGAUGAAAAGCUCGGUACUUGUUCUAUAACAACAGAUAAAUAUGGUCACAGCUCAAAAACAGCUUUAUUUGUCAUAGGAUAUGCCGCACCAUGUAUCGUAAUUGUAUUAUGUUAUGCUAAAAUAUAUUGGGUGGUACGGAGAUCCCACAAAAAACUCGAACAGCACAGUACAGGAAAUAAAUUCAAAAAAAGUGAAAUGAAGAUAACUAAGAUGGUGCUGGUAAUAUUCAUUUGCUUCAACGUAUGUUACUUACCUAUUACAAUUGUUAAAGUAUUCGAUCAGGAUAUAGAACAUGCUCCGCUACAUGUUUUGAGUUAUUUGUUGAUUUACUUAUCAAGUUGUGUGAAUCCAGUAGUUUAUGUGACUAUGAAUAAGCAGUAUAGGAGGGCUUAUCUUGAUACUUUGAAGUGUAAAUAUAAUAGUAUCCUAGAUUCACAGCAGACCCAGCCCCCCCAGUCAAAGAAUCUUAAUUUGUCAGUUUCCUAUCUGAAAAAUAACGCAGUUAGUCAUUCACCUAAUAAAACACAAAUAACAUGA